CCCCCCCGCGCCGAUGGGUGGAACCCGAUGACGUCACCGGGCGGGGUGGAGACCGACGGCAGGAAGAUGGCGGCCGGCAAAUGACGGCCGAGCCCCGAGUUGGGCGUGGGAACCUGGUUGCGUCCGUCAUGUCUCGGUAAACGAGGGCAAAAAGUAGAUUAAAGAUCGAGGGAGGGAAACGCCGAGAGACACGGAAGGAUGGAGGACGUUAAUUCGAACGUCAGCGCCGACCUGGAAGUACGGAAGCUGCAGGAGUUGGUUCGCAAACUCGAGAAACAAAACGAACAACUGAGGACCCGAUCCACCCUCCUGAGCCCCAAGCAGCCGCAGCCCUCCCCCGGGGCCUGCGGCAACGCCUGGCAAUCCGUGACCGCAGGCCCAGCGCCCGUUCAGGAUGGGGAGGCUGUGUCCCCGUCGCCGGCCCGUGGUGGAGCCGUGUCUCAGUCGCCGGGCUCCCUAUCGGGGGGCAGGGAAAGCCCAGAGCUGGGGGAGCGGACGGUGCUGGAUGAGGUGGCGUCGCUGGAUCUGGAGACAAUGGUUUCGGAAGAUAAGGAGGAGGAGGACAGCUGGUUGUACACGUCACCAAAGAGGUUGCCAACCCCUGUUCAAAAGGCUUUUAGUCCAUUGCAGUGGUGCAGACAAGUGCUGGAUCAUCCAAAUUCAGAAAUGGAAACAGCAAAAAAGUCAUUGAUACAUAGGCUUGAUCAAACAUUGGCAGGUAACAAAUCAGAGAGCAAAAGGCGGAGUCUGUACAGUAGUUCUUUCUAUCCUGCUGCUUACCCAAGUUCAUUCAGCCCAAGUGGAGGCAGCAGUCCCUAUGGCAGUGGCUUCAGUUCCCCGUCCUCAACGCCAGUCCGAUCUACACCCCUCGUGAAACAGUUGAUCACAUCUGGAAGUGCAGGUCAUUUUAAAAGUUCUGCUGAUCAGAAUCCUCCCAUUAGCCCUCCAUCGUCUGUGGAUAGUGAACUAAGUGCUUCGGAAGUAGAUGAAGAUUCAUUGGGAUCUGGUUACAAGCUUGCUGACGUCACAGAUGUACAAAUCCUAGCUCGGAUGCAGGAAGAAAGCCUCAGACAAGAAUAUGAAGCCAGUACCUCAAGACGUAGUUCAGGUUCUUCCUGCCAUUCCCUGAGACGUGGCACGUUCAGUGAUCAAGAGUUUGACGUUCAGAGUUUAGAAGAUGAAGAGGAAUGCAUUCCUAACGCACCACAUCCUCCUUUGACCCGAUUCACUCCAUCUCCACGGCACACCCCUCGAGCUUCGCCAAGGCACUCACCUCGGAACUCGCCACGUUCACGUUCUCCUGCUCGAAGCCUGGAUUAUGGGAGAGCAUCUGUUUCACCGCAACCUAUGAUUAGUCGUCUACAGCAGCCUCGCCUUUCUUUGCAAGGCCAUGCCACGGACCUCCAGUGUAAUAUUGUAAAAAAUGAAGAAAAGUUGAGACGUAGUCUUCCAAAUCUAUUCAGGACAUCUAAUAUACAGUCAGCAGAGUCUGUUAAAAACAGUAGAAGUUGUGACUCAAAUUUACAAGUGCCAAAUGGGGGAAUACCCCGAAUUCAGCAACAAGCAUCAGCGAUACCUUCUCCAAGUAAGCUCAGACUUCCUACCACGCCAUCUCCAUUAGCGCUCCGUCAGCCACUGAAAGCAAUGGCCAAUCCAGGGCCUGUCUCCACAAAUUCUGCAUCUAGCCACAACAGUUCUGGAUCAGGGUCCUCUGUUCAGUCACUCAGUUCCCCAGUUCACACUGCUGCAGGUGGUGUUAAUCCUAACAAAGGACAAGCUGCAGGGAGUCGGAGUGGCUUGCCUCGACCUAGUGCCUGUGCCGGAGGGGGAAUACCAGUGCCUCGGAGUAAAUUAGCACAGCCAGUUAGAAGGUCAUUGCCAACUCCGAAGACUUACAGCAGCAUUAGAGAUGAAAGUUGGAAAGAUGGCUGCUAUUGAUCUGAGUGCGCAUGAGUCUGAAGCUUGCUCUGCUACUUUUCCUGAAUCAAAAGGACUUUUUACUCGGACUGUUCAGAGAGAUUUAGUAGGAUUUGAGACAAUCCAGUUCUCUGCCAUAAAUCAGCACAAGUUGGUGGAGAUCAUGGAGUAGCACUUUACUGACAUUAAAUAUCAGACCUUUUGUUACAUGUACAAUCAGUUUUUUUUCAUGACUGUCCAUUAUUUUAAUGCUUAUGAGCAACUUGUCAUUCAAAGAAUAAAGCAUAAGUCUGGACACAAUCCCAAAAAUGCCAAAGAAAAAUCUUAUAAUAACCAUUGGUUGGGGUAAAUGGAUAUCUAAUACUGUUGAGACUUGAAUGGUCAACAAAAGACUAGCUGUGAAAUUCUGUUUUGUACAAAUCAGAUAUUGUACUGGUUACAAAUUUGAUGGUUUGUAAAGUAAAGCAAGGCACAAUUCCAUUAUCAUGAUCAGAGAGCAGUUAUAGUAAUCUGCUGCCAGUUGCUAACUGAUUUAUUUCAAUAUGGAAAUGUAUAGCAUCCCAGCUGUUAUAUUUAUAAAUUUGAGUGACGAAAGAUAAAUUACACAUUUUUUCAAUUUUAUUUUUGAAGCUUUCAGGGUUGGGGAUAAUGGGAGGAGUACGAAUGUUAUUUUAAUUCAUAGCAAUUUAUGUUAAUACUUCAAUUAUUACUAUCUCUGAAAUUUUACUUCCAAACUUUUAUUGGUCUCUUUAAAGAAAGAAAUUAACAUUGCAACAAUAGUUUUCAUUAUAGAAGCCAAUAUGUAUUUUGAACAAGAUGGAUGUAAUGUUUGACACCUUGGUGAUCACUGGAGUUGUGUCCUGUUGUACUUUGUAACCGACUGAAAGUUUAGUGAGAAAAGGCAAGUUGUAACUUCAGUGGUGCUUUGUACAGACACAUUUCUUUGUGGAUAAAUGGCAUAAGUUGAAGUUGUGUGUGUAUUGUAAGUGAGACACUUUGUUUAAAUUUUUGCCCGCACUAAGAAGAAAAUGUUUGUAUGGAAAGCCUUCAAUAUCACUGUUUUUCUCCAGUUGACCAUUUUUUGUUUAAUUGCCAAAGGGCUUAGUGUCACGCGUGUUUUACACAACUGCUUUUGUCAAAUUGUAAAGCACUGGCUCAGGAAAGAGUGGCUUCGAUGUACAGCCAAGUUUUCAGCACACAGCAUAUAAUAGGACACAACUGUUCUAGUAACACAUGUUCCCCUAGAAGUAGGUCGUGAAAACUUGGUCCAUUCAAGUUGUAAUCUAAUCACACCACAGUGCUUACAAAAAAUAAUGCAACAUCAUUCUGUCUAAACUAUGCACUCGUAUCCUGUUAUACAAACACACUUGCUUGGAGCUGUUUAAUACAUAUUGCAGCCUAGUAGGUACUAUAAUUCAGUAAUUACAAUGUUUGGAAGAUCACUACACUUGCCUAUAUUCUUAUGAACGAUUAAGUUUACAUUUAAAUAUACUUGUAUACUACCGAGAGUAGUACUUUCUAAGUUUUAUUAUUUUGCAAUUGCUUCCAUAAAUAGCUCAAAUUGACAUUAAUGUAGUUAAUAACCAGAGGCCAAUUUUGUAAAAUGUAAUUUUGGAUUCAUUUACAGGAACUUACCUUGCAAAUUUAGAAAGCCUUCUUUACAAAUGCCCUUUAACAUUCAAAUGCAGGAACCAAUAGUUUAAUGGGCAGAUAGACAUUCGAGAAAAGUUGGGGUAAAAAUGGAAGUAGACUGUGAGUGAAUGAGCUGAAUGUAGGAGAUGAGUGAGCAAAUAGUGAAUUUGGUGACUGUUGAGUGCAAAGUGAGAGUUACAGAUCAUUAGGUUUGCAUUUGAAGCAUAGAAUAGACGUGGUACCGUGUGAACAAUUAGUGAGUGAGUUGAAUGUGAUUUUUACUUCUGUUUGCUUACCGAUCUGACUGACCAGCUGAAGUAAAGUGUCAUGUCAUAUCUCAAUCGUACAAGUUGUAUAGGUUUGAAAAAUGCUGAUUCACGAGAGGAUAAUUGUGUGUUGCAAGGAAAGAAUUUGUUCAGAUGUAAUCCUGUACAUCUAAUGUUUAUUGUCAGUAUCUUUUUAUAUUUACACCCCUGAAAGUCAUUUGAUGUUAAAUAAUUGUCUGAGCAAGGAAUUUGUUUAUUUUAUAUUGGGAAAUAGCCUUUUGUUGAAAAGUAGAACAAUGAGCAGUGUAAUUCUUUCAAUUAAGAAUUUGCUUUCAUUACAAGUUACAGUAUUUAUGAAUGUAUUUUGUGAAGUUAAGCCUUUUCAUAAAUUGAAGGUUUGAAUUAGUCCUAUGUGCAGAGGGAUAUAAUGUUUAAAGAUGCAGAAUGAAUGCAAGAACUGCUGUAAAACAGCACCUUGUGGAAGUGACAUAACUACAUGCCCACUCCAAGUUACAAGUUCACUUCAGAAACGACUACAAUGACUGUACACAAUAGACGACAUUCUUUUGAGUUAUUAUGGGAAAACUUUGUUUUAACAUGCAUUCAUAAGUAUACAGUUGCACUGCUAUACUGGAAGACACAAUUGGGCAAAAAUAAAACCUUAUCAUAACACUAAAUUGAUCCCUAAAAUUGAAAGCAUGUUACCUUAUGGUGUUUUAAUUAACUGCAGAGGAAUAAAUGACAAAUAUGACAUUCAAGCAACAUUGAACUUAAAAUGUGGGCGAAAUAAACUUGCUUUCAUCCUGACAA